GAGCCCAGAAGGGGAGAUGACACUGGAGCGUGCAGUGAGCAUACUGAAGAGUGAAAAUACACAGUCCGCACCUAGGAUUCUUGCUGCAGUGACUUUCAUACAGCAUGAGUGCUUCCAGAAAGCAGAUGCCAGAAGAAGAGUUUUCUCACUUGGUGGUAUCCCCAAACUUUUACAGCUUCUUGACGUUCAGAACGAGGACAUUCAACGGGCAUCAUGUGGUGCUCUGAGAAACUUGGUGUUUGAAGACAAUGACAACAAACUGGAAGUGUCAGAGCAGAAAGGGAUCCCACUGUUGCUCCGCCUACUCCGACACACCAGGGAUGUAGAGACUAAAAAGCAAAUAACAGGUUUGUUGUGGAAUUUGUCCUCCAAUGACCAGCUGAAGCACCUGUUGAUUAGAGAAGCUCUGCAGACGCUGACCGAAGCUGUUCUCAUCCCUUACUCAGGCUGGCCAGAUCGAGAUUACCCCAAGUCAAGUGUUUUACCUGACCCUGAUAUCUUCUACAAUGCCACAGGAUGCUUGAGAAACAUGAGCUCUGCUGGCCCAGAAGGAAGGAAAAAGAUGAGAGAAUGUGACGGCUUGAUUGAUUCUCUUGUGUAUUAUAUUCAAGGAGCUAUUGCAGACCACGAGCCUAAUGACAAGGCCACAGAGAACUGUGUGUGCAUUCUUCACAAUCUUUCCUACCAGCUAGAGAUAGAGCUCCCUGAAAGCUAUGCCCAGAGCAUAUAUAUGCAAAGAAGAAAUAUUUCUAGCAAUGAUAAAACACCAGGCUGUUUUGGAACACGGAGCAGAAAAGUAAAAGAGAAGCAGCAGGACACCCCAUUACCUGAGGAAAAGAGCAAUCCCAGAGGUGUUGAAUCGCUCUGGCAUUCCACACUGAUUAGGAUAUAUCUCUCCUUAAUAGCAAAGAGUACCAGAAACUAUACCCAGGAAGCAUCCCUGGGUGCUCUUCAGAAUCUCACAGCUGGCACUGGACCAAUGCCGUUUGCAGUGGCCCAGACUGUUGUUCAGAAGGCAAAUGGCCUUCCAAGUAUUCGAACUAUGCUGCAUGUAAGCCACCCGACAGUAAAGAAGACAGCAGUCUCACUGCUCAGGAACUUGUCUCGCAACACCUCUCUGCAAAGUGAUAUAGCUAGAGAAGUUCUGCCUGAUUUGGUCUCGAUACUUCCCGAGUCUGUCCCAGGGUCUGAUAUUGUCUGUGAAACUACAGCGUCCGUCUGCUACACCCUGUACAAUUUGACACAGAGUAGUUCUCACAAUGCACGGCUUCUCCUGAGUACUGAUGGCCUACCGAAGAUUAUUACCAUCAGCAUGAAUGACAGUAAUAUGUCCAGCAAAGCUAGUAGGGCUGCUUCAGUCCUCCUCUACUCCUUGUGGUCACAUACUGAUCUCCACAGUGCUUACAAAAAGGCUGACUUUAAGAAGGCGGAUUUCAUCAAUACUCGAACCACAAAAGCUUAUAACUCACUAAAAGACUGA